AUGGCAAUGAACGAAGACGUGUUUCAUCAUCUUCUGCGCCAAAAAUCCCAACAUCAAAAAAGUCAGUGCCAACAAGCCAUUUACAAUACGUGGCUAUGGUGUAAUUUCUUGAAAGAUUGGAAUACUGGGGGCUCAAGCAGCCAACCAACUGUGGCUCCUCCUUUACCAGCAUCUGAGGUAAGGCACUGUCUUCGCAUUAUCAUCGUUACACGUAAGUUACAUCGUUACACAGAAGGAACAGAAUACGGACAUCCUGAUUUAAUGAUUGCUUUUAGUCUAGACAGUCUUUAA